CCCAGCGAGCUGGUGAUGCGCGCCCUGGAGCACGUUUUCCACGUGGCUUGCUUCGCGUGCGUCGUCUGCGGCCGCACCCUGCAGAAGGGCGACCAGUUCGUGGUGCGCGCCGCGCGUCUCUACUGCCGGCCCGACUUCGAGAAGGAGAUGGCACUCCAACCGGGUGCUGGCGGCGGAGCAGCGGCAGUUCGUCCCGACGGCCGCCGGGGUCCUAAGAGGCCUCGCACCAUCCUGACCACGGCGCAGAGGCGCGCUUUCAAGGCAUCCUUCGAGAUCAGCCAGAAGCCAUGCCGCAAGGUUCGUGAGACGUUGGCCAAAGAAACGGGUCUCAGCGUGCGAAUCGUCCAAGUGUGGUUCCAAAACCAAAGAGCGAAGUUAAAGAAGAUCCAGCGCAAGCAGCAGCAACAGCAACAGCAGCAGCAGCAGAGCCAGCAGAACGCGGGGGGAGACAGUUCAGGCAGCGAGAUGGCCUCCUCCACCAAAGACUCCAAGAAGAGCGACGAUGGCCGCCAGUCAGCAUCGCCAGCCGACCUCAGCUCUCCACCCUUCUCGAGGUUAGGCCUUCUCGAGCCGUCUGCCGUGGGGUCUCCGUACCAUCUGCAACCACUGCCUUACGGCACUCAUCACGACGGUUCCUAUUACGGGCCGACACACGUCGACCCUACGUACCUCAAGUCGGAGAUCUCCAUGGAGAGUGAGACGUCCCUGAGCGGCCUCGAAGACGUACUGAUCGGGGCCGGGAGCGGAGGCGGUGGCGGACAGCCUCCUCCUUCGCUAUCGGACGCCAUGUUUGCCCCGUCGGCCGUGAACCCCAUCGACAAGCUGUACUCGAUGCAGACGUCCUACUUCAGCAACAACGAGUGCGAGUGCCUGGGCGGCUCCAACUGACGGUGCCAGGGCGCCGCCACCGCGCCGCGCCGCCACCGCAGGCAGCAGGGCAGCCAACGCCAGCCGGCCGCAGUCAGGCACUAAUGCCUGCCUUGUACCGCAAUGUAACGGCGCGUAACACUUUCGAGCUAGAGGGGACCGCGGAUGGGGCUGCGCAUGCACUGCAAGUUUUUUGACGGCGAUUCGACGUUUGAUACGCUGUAUAUUCAUAACGGCCUGCGAAAACAAACACGGUACACGUUAAGGCGAACACAAGAGAGACCCUGAAAGCCCCCCUCGUUUCGUUUUUCUUUAUUAAUUUGUUUAGCCUUCGUUGAUUUAUUGUUUAUCAUUUAUCAGAGGCUGGUGAAGCAAUUGCGAUGUAUGACAGCGCAACCUGGAGCGCCACGAGAGAGGCAGCCAGUGUAACGUUCUCGUAUACUCGUGUCAUUUGCCACGUGCAGAGGGCCAAAAUUGACUUGGCUUGUAUGCACCAUUCAAAUUAUGUCUUCGCUUUCCAAUAGCAAGCGGCUGAUCUACGUAUUAUCUCAAGCGUACACUACUAAUACUACAAUUAUUCUUUCGCGUGUGCAGGACCGAAAUAAAUGUUACUCUUUUUGUUGGUUCUCAAAACCUACGAAAGAUUCGCCAUUACAACAGCGAC